AAAAAAGCAGCGCUCUGUCGUAUUUGCCUUUUAAUACAUAUGUAUUGUGCUUUUUUAACUUUGCGAUGUCUGGACACCAAAGGGGCUGUGCUAACUCUGCGGUCGCGUAGCGUCAUCACGGAAACCCCUGUUGCUCUUUUUGUUGUUUUUGGCUGUGCGGAAAUAAGUGAGAGUGUGUAUCGGUGAGCGCGCUGCCUGCUCGUCCUCCUCGCAGAGCGGAUCUCAGUGUUUGUGUGUGUUGUUGCUCGGUGUUCAGGAGCGGCCGAGUGCACGAGCCUGGCUUCAGGAUGACCUAAAGCUCGCUCCCGGGAGAUGUCAGUUCACCCCGCGCUGUGUCCGUUCCCUGCACAGGUCCAGCGAUUCAUCGUUCACAUGCAGAUCCGUCGUUCCUGUUUCUGUGGAAACCGAAAGUACUUGGUGGUGGGUAGAUAGGCGGCAUGACUGAGGAGAAAUGUCCUCAGUUGGUGGAUUAUUUUGUGGUGGCGGGGCUCGCGGGCGACUCGGCUCCGCCAGACGAGGAAUGUCAGCAGAGAGGUGGCCGUGGGAUGGAGCCCAUCAGCGACCUUACUGUGAUCGCCCGUGGCCUCGGAGAAGAGGUGCCCGAGGGCUUCACAUGCAUCGAGAAGACGUUGGGGGGCCACCCAGCUGAGCUCAGCGCAGGCCUCAUCAACAACCCACACAUGUUCCUCUGCUACCGACGCAGCCAUGACAAGCCACCCAUUGUGGAGCUUGGAGUGCUGUAUGAAGGAAAAGAGACAGUGAAACAGGGUUGGCAUGUGAUCGAGACUACACCGUACAGCCGUUGUGCCAGUCUGAGCUCAGGAGGCCCCGCCACGCAUAAGACGUUUCUCAUGUACAGGCGUGCCCCCGACUCUCAGGCCCUGAACACACUGGGAGUGACUGAUAUCUCAUUACUCAUGCCCAGCAAGGGAGAAGUGGCACCACACACUUUCUGCAAAGUGGACAAGAACCUAAACACUGGCAUGUGGGGCCCAGCGCUGUACCUGUGCUAUAAGCGGGCUGUAGCAAAAGCCAACGCCCUAGUGUAUGAGGCAGGGCUGAUUAGCCGCUACCCUGAGGAGGAUCUUGAGUCGUUUGCAUUGCCAGACUCCGUUCCUGUCUUCUGUCUGCCCAUGGGGGUCACUGUCGAGAGCUGGCCACUCAAUACCAAGUACCAGCUCCCUGUUUUCUCUACGUUUGUCUUUACCACUGCGUCUGGAGAUAAGGUAUAUGGCGCUGCUAUCCAGUUCUACGAGGCUUACCCACGGGAGGCUCUGUCUGAAAGGCAGCAAGUGCGGCUUGGGCUGGUCAGUGUUGUGGAUCGACGACCCAUUACCAACCGUACGGUGCAGGUGAAGAAGAGUAUCUGUGUGCUCUCCCAUUGGCCAUUUUUCACCGUCUUUCAGAAGUUUCUUACUUUCAUCUAUCGCUACUCCAUCUCUGGACCCCAUGUGCUGCCCAUUGAGAAGCAUAUCUCCAGUUUCAUGCACAACGUGCCCUUUCCUUCACCACAGCGACCACGCAUUCUCGUACAGCUGUCUCCGUAUGACAACCUCUUACUGUGCCAGCCAGUGUCCUCACCUUUACCACUAAGUGGUGCCAGCUUUGUGAAACUUCUGCAGAAUCUGGGGCCAGAGAACGCAUGUACUUUGCUGUUGGCUGUUCUCAUUGAGCACAAGUUGCUGCUUCAUUCCCUUCGGCCAGAUGUGCUGACCUCUGUCAGUGAGGCCCUGGUGUCGAUGACGUUUCCAUUGCUUUGGCCUUGUCCGUACAUCCCGCUGUGCCCCCUGAGGUGUGCAGAUGUGCUGUGUGCCCCAAUGCCCUUCAUCGUGGGCGUUCACUCCAGCUAUUUUGACCUGUACGACCCUCCUUCAGAUGUGGUGUGUGUGGACCUUGACACCAACACCAUUUUCCAAUCGGAAGACAAGAAACCCUUGUCGUGGAAAUCUUUGCCCAGGAAACAUGUCAAAAUCCUGCUCAACUCCCUCACUUAUCUGCAUAAAACUUUGGAAAAAAUCUGUACUCCUGGUCAAGAAGAGGCGACCCUAGAGUUCUUGCUGACGGAUUAUGAUCUGAUUUACGGCCGUCAAAAGCAGCUGGAGCUGGAGAUCCAGGAGGCCUUUCUGCGCUUCAUGAGCUGCCUCCUAAAAGGCUAUCGGUCCUACCUCCUGCCCAUCACCCAGGCUCCCUCUGAAAGAACCACUGACUGCAGUUCCCUUUUCAAUUCGCAGGGUUUUCUAAAGUCUCGAGAUCGGACGCAGCAGAAGUUUUAUUGCCAACUCACCAAGACUCAGAUGUUCACGCAGUUUAUCGAGGAGUGCUCCUUCGUCAGUGACAGACACAUCUGCCUCGAAUUCUUUGAUGAGUGUGUUCAGAAGGUGGACGUGGAGAAGCCUGAAGAGGUGAGACUGAUAGAUCUUGAUGAGUCCCACAGUGGAGAACACACAGUGUUUAUAAUGCCACCAGAGGAGCCUCAGGAAGCUGAUGGCUCUGAAUGUCCUGCGCUCUACAGCUACGAGACAUUUCCUAUUCUGCAUCCUGAGCUGUUUGACCGGCCUCAGGAUCAGCUCCGUAUCACAUCGAAGGGAAGUGCACCCGACAGCCCUGCUCCACGGCGGACCAAACAGGAAAUCAAGCUAGCACAGAAAAGUGCACAAAAGUACUCAGCAGUUCCAGACAUGUGGUCCAAGUGUCUGCUGGGCCACUGUUAUGGUCUGUGGUUCAUCUACUUGCCCACCUUCGUCCGGGCUGAGAGCGCCAAGGUGCGAGCACUGCACACCGCCUAUGAGGUGCUCAAGCACAUGGAGACACGGAAGGUGGUGUUGCCUGAUGAGGUGUGCUACAGAAUCCUAAUGCAGCUGUGUGGGCAGUAUGGUCAGCCAGUGCUUGCUGUCAGAGUCCUGCUGGAGAUGAAAAAAGCAGGAAUCACCCCUAACACCAUAACAUACGGGUACUACAACAAGGCUGUGCUGGAAAGUAAGUGGCCAUCCACUAAUCAGGGAGGACGCCUUCGAUGGGCCAAGCUCCGGAACGUUCUUUUGGCUGUGGCACAGUUCAGGCAGCCAGUCAAACGCAGGCAAAAGAGCGAUUCUAUUAGCUCAAAACAAGAUAACUCCAACGGUUGUCUUCCUCCGCACUCCAAUCUUAUUCGUCAGAACAGCUGGAGCGGUUUGAGUGAAAGUUCAAGUCAUGAAUCUUUGACUGGUCUUAUCACUAAGAGCAACAGUCUAAGCAGUAUGCGACCUGACAAAUCUAAGUUAGCUAGGAAGGCAAUGCUACAAAACAAAAGCACCGAUGACCCCGCCUCCCGCAAACCUCCUAUUAGUCCUCGGGAUAUGCUUACACCCUCCCCAGUUCCCUCAGACGACCAUGUCAGAGUGCGUCGCAGUGAUGUCUGCCUGUCCACCUUUUACAAGGAUUGUGCAGAGCCUGAUACAGACUGCAGGUGCCAGCCGACUGAAAGAGACAGCAGAUCUGCAGAGCAGCGGGAAACGCUGAAUCGCAAGGCUGUAGACGAGAACUACAAUAAUGUGUUGUCCCCGAGUCGUGGACUGGCAGGUAAACUGCAGCAGCUCCUCACACCCACGCGUCACCGGAACUCGUCACGACGAGCAGCCAGUGUGGACGAACGACGGCCUGCCACUAACGGCCCGUCACGCAAAUCAUCCGAACAGAGGCAGUCUCGCAAGUCACAGGUGGCCGAGACUCUGCUGAAAGCCAAGGAGCGACUCUACAACGCCACCUCAGAGAGCUCGUUGUCUGUGGGUAGUGACAUUGACCUGACAGACCCUCCAAAUUCUGGGUUUUCACUCAGGAAAUCAUGGGAUUCUUCACAGGAAGGGGCAGGACUUGAGGUGUUGAUGUCAAGCUGUACUCUUUGCCGGAGUUGUAACUCCCUGGUGUAUGAUGAGGAGAUCAUGGCAGGCUGGACGUCUGAUGACUCUAAUCUUAACUCCAGCUGCCCAUUUUGCUCUGCGACCUUUGUACCGUUGCUUAACGCAGAGAUCUGUGACCUUGGGCCUGUCAGCAGUAGUCAGUAUCGCAAUAACUGGAACAUGGAGGACGAAGUUGAAAGUGCAGUGAGGCCCCCUAGUGGUCAUGAUGGCUUUCUGCAGCAUCUGUAUAACGGUGUGACUGAGCAUGACUCCAGUUCUGAGACCAGCACAUACUCCGAGAACAGCAGUAAUACUCUAAGCUCAUCUCUGGGUGGCACCCCUCAGGUGACAGUGGCGUACCUGAGCCCUCUGGUCUUGCGUAAGGAGCUUGAAAGUCUGUUGGAAAAUGAAGGGGAGAGUGUUCUCUCUCAGGUCCAGUUACUGGACAGCCACUCCAUUCUCUUCUGGAAUCUGGUCUGGUACUUUACUCGCCUUGGCCUCCCUAGCAAUCUGCUGCAACUGGUACGGGCCUCUCCGCUAGCAUCACAGAUUUCACAGAACACUGAAAGUACUUCAGUGAGGGUGAGGUUACUGUGGGACACUUUGACACCUGAUACGGAUUACUGGCCUCCUCUUUAUGUGCUCUGGAGAAUACACAGUGGUGUGCCGUUACGUAACUAUGGAUGGCGCAGACACAACCACCCCUUCACACUGAACUUUCUGGAGGAAGUCUUGCGCUAUGUUGGUAUGAAUGAGGUACACAAGGCCAUCACGUUCUUUGUAGAAACCAUUGGCAAACAGCCAGGCACUCCCCGGAUACAGAGGAGUUUGUACAGGGAAUUUCUGUUUCUUACUUUGGCUGCUAUGGGCAAAGACCAUGUUGCUGCUUUUGACAAGAAGUACAAGGCUGCCUAUGCCAGGCUGAGUAGCUCAAUGGGCCGAGAGGAGCUGAGGAGGAAGAGGGCUCAGCCACCCAGCCCCAAAGCCGUGGACUGCAGGCGCUGUUUCCUAGUGCCCCUGGACUGCUGAGGGUCAUUACACACACACUGCACAGUUGGGAUACCUCCUCUCUCUCUCUCUCUCUCUCUCUCAGUGACUGCCUCCUGCAACUGUCCCCCCUUAAAUUGAGUCCUUUUUUGGGGGGGGUUCAUUUCACACGUCUCAUGUCUUCAUAUGUCAGUGGAUCUUUGUUCUGAAGCCCCUUUUCUCUUGUUGCUCUACAGCUAUAGGCACAUGGUACAUAUGGUAGAACUCACUGGAUGAAAUAAUUAUUUUUAGCCAAGAAUGGGUUGUCAUUAUUUUUUUCCAUUGCCUCAGGUAAUUGUAAUGGGGCAAAUCUAACCAGAUCUUUCUAUUUGUAAAACAGCUAAUUUAGACGUUCGCUGCUGGGCUGAGUCUCCUCUUUGCCAAGUAUCUAAACCAGACACUGCAGUCAUGCUUCAGUGGCAUUCUGAUCUAUGCAUUUAGCAGAUCAUCAUUAUACCAGCAUCACUAUACAGAAUAUUAGUUGCACAGAUAAAGGCCUCAUCAUCUCGUAACUUCAAACAAGUGCAUAUUCUGUAAUAUUGCCUCAGUAAUGUGGGUAGUGUGUUUCUGUGGUUGUAGCUGGAACCAGACAGCCUUUGUCUAAAAGCCCUUUAUGUCCUGCUUUCCUGUAUAGCCUCUCUCUGUGCUAGGUCUUAUUGACUUUUUGCUGCUUGUGGUUAGCUAAGCCUCUAGCAGUUAGACCAUGAGAGAGGAACCCACAACGUAUGAACUCCACCACAGCACCAGGAUGAAACUUCAGAAUGAUGACCACUGGAGAAGGAGUAAGACUCCAAAUGUGGGCUACAGCCUGGUAUGGAAUAGGUUUGGGAUUUUGAAACUGGGAGCACGGAGAUGAUGGGUGUAACCGGCAACCCAAAAAAAGCACUGAAGACUGAACUCCUGUGAAGAGUGCAAUUAUAUGGAGUAUAUGAACAUUAGUAACAGGGCCCUGCUAAGGACUUGUAACCAAAAGACUAUCUAAUUGGAAUUCACCUCCUUUUUUUGUUUUCCUUGUCACUUGGUUUUACCUGAUUGCAGUCUGAUUAUAUUGUUUUAAAUACAUGGAAUGUGUGUAUCAGCCGUGCUGAUGUGUGUGUCUGUUCAGCUGUCAGUUAUCCAGAUGCUUAAUGAGCAAUGUGUUUAAACCUAAACCUAUUUCUCCUCCAAACCCUUACCCGUGAGAUGCUAUAUGAGAGGAGCAUACCUCUCAACACAGCUAUCCAGCUUAAAACACACCAAACUGUGUCCACCUCCUGGAAUUUAGUUUGACUUCACACAGUUGGAUCUGGUCUAACUCUACAUGUGCUUCUGUUUUUUGCAAAAAGGUUGCUUUCAGGAAAAAAAAGCUGAAGCAGCUGAAUGGUGUUGUAUUGUGAACGUGCUACAGGUGUGACAAGGCAAUUAAUUACACCUGUAAUUCAUUCACAAAACAUCACCCCCGGGUGAUUGUGAGUCCUCCUAUGCCACACCCUUACCUUCAUUAUGCUUAAUGCUUUGGACUACUGAACAGCUGUAUGUAUGUGUGUGUUUUUGUGUGUGCUUUCUGCCUUUUUGACAGGUUGUAUUAAUGCUCCAAGAGGCACAUACACACCUAGCUUAGCCCCUUAGCACUGUGUAGAACUGAAGUCAGAAACAUUGAGCUGCAUUCUUAAUCAUCCACCAAGUAAUGGAGUCACAUACAUUGAUGAAAAAUCAAUUCAGUAUCAUUCUAUGAUGAUGCCUACCAGUUAAAAAAUUAGUUGAGUAUGAAUUAGCCUCCCUCAUGGCCUUAUUAAUUUGUUCUUUCACUCUGGGAGUGCAUUUUGGAAGGGUGUCAUGGCUCCUCUACAUCUAACAGUUCAUCUCCAGUUCGGAUCUGAAAGCAGGUGGUUGAUAUAAUUGUUCAAAUGAUCAAUUCUUUAGGUACCUGCAGUUGAUGAUUGUAAAGGCUGUAUAAAUUCCGAUCCAUCAGUGUGGGUUCUGAUCAUUCAACAAUAUAGUUAAUAGGAACUUGACAUCCAUAGACCAGCUCUUGGCAAUCUAUAAUACAAGGUUCAGCCUUAUGUGCCAAUGGUCUUCACAAUGUCCCAUACCUUCUUACACUUAGUUAAUGCUUACGUUUUUUGUCUGUCCUCUUUCUUUCUUUUAGCUGUCUGUGGUCGCCAUUUAUGUGUCAUCCCACUUUUAUGUGUCUCACAUGUUUAAAGUGGUAAAGUACAUAUGUUUUUAUGUGGGGCACCUCAGCUUAUAAUGAAGAUUGAUGGUUUUUGUGAAUAAGUCAUUUUGUGUUUUGUCUAAAUAUUUGAAAACUGAGCAGGAAAGCUGUGAUUAAUAGAACUACAAUAUAGGCAUUUUAAUAUAGGAUGGUCAUGGUGGUAGAAAUAUGUUUAGUCAGCACUGACAAUAUUGUUAGUAAUUGGCUGCAGGUUUAAACAGAAGAGGUCCUCUUUCUUGCCCAUUUGUUGUGCCGUGUUAUAUAAUGAUGACCAGCAGGGGGCAGCAUGCCAAAGGGAGUUUUACUAAAAGGGUCUGCAAUUAUCUCAAUGUAUUUUAAUGCAUCUGACUGCAACAUAAGGAAAUUUGAGUUAGGACAGUUUUUAUUUUUUUUUAAUUGAAAAGAAAUACAAGUGUUAACAGAGCUAUAUUUAAAAUGUAUUGUGUUUGCUGUAGUAAUUUAUAUAGGUGUGAGUUCUGUUGUGAUUUUUUUUUUAUGUUAGAAACAAACAAGCUCAUACUUGUGUUUUGUUUGAUUGUUGACAUGGUGGUUUGGUUUGGCUGUGGUGUAACAGCAUUCAAAAUGUGACCUGACAACAUUAAAGUCCCUCAUACAUUA